AUGACAGGAAGCCUGGAGCUUCCCCAAAGGCCCGAGCCUCUCGCAGUGACCUCACUGAGUCUGCCAGAAAUCCAGAAGAUCCUUGGUCUCACUAUGGUUGUGGAUAGAGAGUUCGACUCUGUUAUGCCUAUACCCGUCCCGCAAGAUCUCAAAUUCUGGUUGGAAAAAGCGGACCGCGUUCAUAGCGCUCAUGCCGCUAUCUGCGCAAACGAAGCGAGGAUCCGCUACAAGCUUAACCUCCUCCUUGUCUACGCUCACGAUCUAGUAAUGUCGUCUUCAAAUGGAUCUAUGAGACCCUUGAACAUUCAGAUGGAGCGUAUGUGGGAGUAUAGCUCCAUAAAAUGGGAGGGGAAGAAACGGACGCUAUUGGGGCACCCCGACUAUGGCAUCUGGUAUGGAGAGAAGGAAGACCUUGACUUGAACGUUGUUAUCAUGGGGGUCAAGAGACUAAAUGGUGGUGGCGAAGGGAUUCCGCAGGCGCUCGCAUAUAUGGGGUGCGUUCAUAAGCAGCGUAAAGACCUUGGCAAAACAGACACCACUGUCUACGGCAUCUCUGCCGAUACUAUGAAUUUCACGUUCAUAAAGCUCGACAAUAAGUCUCGGUGGUCUUUCAAGCUAGUCGGCGUCGUCGGAAAUGGGUUCGAACAAGUGCUUGGUCUACUGGUCUAUAUGAUGAAGAAAGCGACUUCGAUGUCACCCGCUACCUCCAAACGCACGUCUCACCAGACACGACGAGGAUCAGGGGAGUCUGGUCUGAGCUUCGACUAUAACCCUGAGAUGGAUGAGAUGGAUGUUGAAUGA